CCAGCAGGGAGAUUACUGCGCAUCCAAGACACUCGAGACGACGAAUAUGAAGAGCGAUCUGGGGGUCUUCGGGCAAUCGAGAAGGCGAAAGCUCUCGUCAAGCCCGUAACUUCCUCGGGGAAACUUAAGACUUGGUUAAACAGUGGAAAACCCAUCGACGAAGUCUUCAUCCGGCUGAAACUGGACCAAGCAGGGGAUAAACUCUUUGAGAACCUGCAGUUUCGCACGUGGCUCAAUUACGCGGAUGAAUUAACGGCAGAAUCCGGGAAGGAAGCGUCGGCCAUCGUGACGUUUUUUUUUUCGCAGUGA